GGUUCUAUGUUUGUAUUCAUCUAUGGUUCUCUGUUUUUAUACUUAAAUAGGUUAUUGCAAUUUUGGGUAUUUAUUUUAUAAUAAUAACUGAUAGUUGUACUCACCUCCAUUGUUAUGAAUUGAUAAAUAUGCAAAAGGCCAACAACCAUAUUCAAUAGCGUUAACAAAUAUUCUUGAAAUCAACAAUAUCUUUUAUCGUACGCAAUUCAGUUUGUAGCGUAAAUGGAUUACAACCGUGAAUAUAAAAAUAAGUCUCCUUCACCUACCAGCAGUAUAGCUUCAGGCUUAAAUUUUGUUACGAGAAGUUCUCCAAUACCUUUACCAGCUACACAGAGAGAUAAUGUGACUGCUGCCGCAAAAAGAUAUAAAUAUUUACGUAAAAUAUUUAAAUUCAAUCAAAUGGACUUUGAAUUUGCUUUAUGGCAAAUGGUUUAUCUGUUCAUAGCACCACAAAAGGUUUAUAAGAAUUUCCAUUAUAGGAAACAGACAAAAUCACAAUUUGCAAGAGAUGAUCCAGCAUUUUUAGUUCUUUUUGCUGCAUGUUUAUGCAUAACAUCGAUAGGUUUCGCUGUAAUCCUAAGAUUAAGUGUGUUACAGUUUAUUCAUUUUUUGUUAUACGUUAUAUUUUUUGAUUGUGUAGGCUUAGGUAUCAUCAUUGCCACACUUUUCUGGUUUAUAUUGAAUAAAUAUUUCAGAGUUGAUGCACAUGGGGAAGAUGUGGAAUGGGGGUAUUCAUUUGAUGUUCAUUUAAAUGCUUUCUUCCCUCCUUUAGUUCUUCUUCAUUUUUUUCAACUAUUUUUUUACAAUGGUUUAAUAAGUCACGAAUGGUUCAUUUCUAGAUUUUUAGGUAACACCUUUUGGCUAGUUGCUGUAUUAUAUUAUAUGUACAUUACCUUUUUAGGAUACAGUUCUUUGUAUCUUCUCAAGAAAACUCAUUUAAUUUUAUCCCCCAUACCCGUGUUUUUAUUUAUGUGGGUUUUAAGUAUACUAGCAGGCUUUAACAUAACUCAUUCACUCAUUACGUUUUAUAUUAGAAGAGUUAUUUGAAUAACAUCUCAAAAGCAGUAAUCCCUUGUUUAUAUUAUUAUUAUAGUUAACAAUUCUGUGUAAAAUAAUGUAUUGAAGUGUCAAAAAUACAGUUCAAAGAAAAUUUCUACAUUUUGUAUAACUUCCAAUACUUUCCUUUCUUUCAUUCUUAGAUGAGAUAGAUUCUUUCAUUUGUGACGAACAGGAAAAAAUAUAGUGAACUGUUGUAUCUUUUCCUAUUCAUUUAUAGAAAAACACUAAGGAAGGAUCCUGCCGUAAUCAGGGAAGACCAGAACUUUCAGUCUCAUGUUAGGAAAGAAAAUUACCCCUGUAGAGGAUUCGAGGGAAUUGCGACACCGUCUGAGGGGUGGGGAAAGAAAGAAGUCUAGAUCAUACUAUCUCUUGGGAGGAAAGGAAUUUCCUCUGCGUCUGCAACUUAGAAUAUAGAUAUUAUUAAUGUUCUGAGGCAUAGAUAAACUAGUUCUCUAGAUGGCAGAUGCCCAACACGCCUGCUAAGAACUUGUUUCACAAACAUCAGCGGUACUGAAAUUAUUUCGCGGGAAUUUCAAAUGGGAUUCCCUUCAGAAUGCUUGCUUUUAUAAAUGCGUCGGAGCCAGUUUAUAGAGUUAUUGCACAGCGAUAUCAAACACCCAAUUGUACUCUGUGGAAGAAGUUAAUGAGAAAUUCAUUCAGUUCAUAAUGAGGUAUUUGAAAAGGCAAACCAUCAACCAGCAGAAAAAAACAUUCAUGAAUAGUGGGAUCAAAUUCUAGUACUCCGUCGAUAAAUCUAAUAACACUUCUUACCAAGAAAACUCAACUGAAACAACUGGAAUAUAUUGCAGAAUGAGUUGCAAAAACUCUCCAGAAUCAUGUGAAAAUCAUGAUUUGUAGAAACCUAUGCUAUUCAAAGGCCAAAAAAAGGUUGCGUGGUAUCAUUCAUUCUUAAAACUGAAAACACAUUUUUUUUCUUUCACCCCAAAUAAAAACCGCCCACUAGUUUGUGUAGGUGUAACUCUUCAACAAUUUGGUACAUAAAUACAUAAUCAUAAUCUCUAAUCUGUACUUGAUGAAUCAACUUGUUUACAAGUUUAUUAUUGUUUUACUUCCACUUAUAAUUUAUAGAAUCCCUUUAAAUUUUCUCAAUGCAUAAUUAUUCAUAAGUGACAUUUCCAAUUAUUUGCUUUUCAAUGUAUUUAUUCCAAUAAAAAAUUGCACAAUGAUCCCACACUAAUUUUCUUUCAUCUAAAAACAUUUUCGCUAACAAAGUAAUCAUAAUCAGGAGCAGGAUCUACACCAGCCAUACUCAACAGGCGGCCCGAGCCACGGCAUAGUCCAGUAUUACAAAUUUCACAGUAGUAUCACAAAUAAGGUUUCGAAAUUACGAAAAAAUAACAGUAUCAAUAUUUACUCAUUUACCUUUGUUUUCUCCCUUAUUGCCUACAAACAGAAUACUAUUACCAUAGUAUAAACAAUGGAUUCUUUAUAUAUACUCUGAUACCAAGGUCUAUAGAUUCAGACAUAACAUUUGAUUGCAAUGAAAUCGUGGGUUUUCACGGAUUUUCUUAUUAGUUUGAUCGCGUAUAUCGUUCGUAGUCUAUUCAUAAGAGUUUGAACCAUGGUUGGGGAAAGUUGCAACGCGGUAGUUCCGCGCAAUAUUUGCAAAUUUUGCAAUAAGGAUACGCCUAGUAAAUUUUUAAAUUGUGUCAAGUGCAACCUUUAUGCACACAAAAGGUGCUGUGAUAAAAAUAAUGUUAAAAUUGCAGAAUGUGGUACGAAAAUCAAUUGUUGUGCUAGUAAAACUGACGAAGAAGUUUUCACCGACUGCUAUACAAAUAAUGUAGAUUCAUACGAAUGUCUUGCAAUCAGGGUUCAGUAUUUAAAUAUGCUCAUAAUUGAAAAAGACAAAAUAAUUUGUGACAAGAUGCAAAUCAUCCGUGGUAAAGAGCAUAUUAUAAAUCUGCUUACUUCUAAUGGUGGUCAUCAUUCAACUCCGCCAUUUAAAAAAUUGUUUGAUAAUACUGAAACUAUAGAAAGUAUAUUUACGAAUAAAACAACGAUAAGGAGCACUUAUCAGCGAAAUGCUAAACAUUCCCGUACAAUAUCUACACCUGUCUCAACAUUAGAUGGCACAUCCGUGCAAGCCAGUUCCACAACGAAGAUAACAUCAAUGUCGCCCAGUAUUUCUGCAGGUACUGUCCGUGGGUCUACUGUUGAACCUACGACUGUGAUAGCAGCGCCACGGAUUGUCGACUCGUCGGCGAUUUCCAAAAAUCCGCAACCCGUGAAUCGGAAUGAUGAAGGAACUUGGAAAUCUAUCUCGAAAGCUAAAAAUAAAUGGACUGUGACUGGUUCAGCCACAGGGAUGACCGUUAAAGCAUCACAAAAAAAGAUAUCUCUGUUUGUUUCUAGAAUACAUCCCCAGACAUCUUUGAAGGAUUGUACGGAAAUGGUUCAUAUGAACCUUAAAGCUCAAUGCGAAUGUCUGAAGUCCAAGCAUCCCGAAAAUUAUUUAUCAUUCAAGGUUAUAAUCAACGAAUGUGAUCUGGACAAGGCUAAGGUGGUGAUGAACUGGCCGGAGGGUACUUUGGUUAUGAAUUUUUUUCAGAGAAGUGCCAAGAGGACAGAACCAAGUUAAAACAGGGCCUGUCCACGUUAAAUAGAUCUGGAAAGAAUUUCUCACUUCUACAUUUGAAUAUACAGGGUUUCAAUGAUAAAUGUAACAUGCUGGAAAUUUUCUUAGAUGAAAAUAACAGUCCU